UCCCCUUUCCCGCCAUCGAGAGGCCGUGAGGCCGUGACCCUGCCCACCAUGGGUCUUUCCGACGUCUGCUCGAAGCUGUUUGGGGGAUGCUGCGGCGGCCGUUCAAAAGACAGCAUCUACGAUCCCAUCUUAGCAGACAGCGAGCGAGAAGCUGUCGCCGACCUGCUCGGCUUCCUUGAGAAUCGAGCCGAGACCGACUUCUUCUCAGGAGAACCCCUUCGCGCAUUGAGUACCUUGGUAUAUUCAGACAACAUUGAUUUGCAGCGGUCUGCGAGUUUGACCUUCGCCGAAAUCACAGAACGAGAUGUUCGAGAAGUCGACCGCAACACCCUGGAACCCAUCCUUUUUCUUCUCCAGAACCCCGAUAUCGAAGUGCAGCGGGCAGCGAGUGCCGCCUUGGGCAACCUUGCCGUUAACACCGAGAACAAAGUCAACAUAGUCGCCUUGGGUGGCCUUGCUCCCCUGAUCAAGCAGAUGAACUCCCCCAACGUCGAAGUGCAGUGCAACGCCGUCGGAUGCAUUACGAACCUUGCGACUCACGAAGACAACAAAUCCAAGAUAGCUCGUUCGGGUGCUCUGCAGCCUCUCACCAGACUCGCCAAAUCCAAGGACAUGCGGGUGCAGAGAAACGCCACAGGCGCUCUGCUUAACAUGACCCACUCCGAUGAUAACCGACAACAGCUCGUUAAUGCUGGCGCUAUCCCUGUCCUGGUUCAGUUGCUCAACUCCUCGGAUGUCGAUGUGCAGUACUAUUGCACAACUGCGUUGAGUAACAUCGCUGUCGACGCCGGCAAUCGUGCGAAAUUAGCCCAGACCGAAGGCCGUUUAGUGCAGUCGCUCGUGCAUCUCAUGGAAUCAUCUUCGCCAAAGGUCCAGUGCCAAGCUGCGUUGGCGCUACGGAACCUUGCUUCAGAUGAGCGGUACCAGCUAGACAUUGUGCGCGCCCGCGGUCUCCCGUCCCUCCUCCGGCUCCUCCAAUCGUCUUACCUUCCUCUUAUCCUCUCCGCCGUUGCAUGCAUACGCAACAUCUCCAUUCAUCCCGCAAACGAGUCCCCGAUCAUCGAUGCUGGAUUCCUCCGACCGUUGGUGGAUUUGCUUGGGUCCACCGAUAACGACGAGAUCCAAUGCCAUGCGAUUUCCACACUUCGAAACUUGGCAGCCAGCUCCGACAAGAACAAGCAACUGGUUCUGGAAGCUGGUGCAGUGCAAAAAUGCAAGCAGUUGGUACUGAACGUGCGCCUCCCGGUGCAGUCGGAAAUGACGGCAGCCAUUGCUGUCCUCGCUCUCAGUGAAGACUUGAAGCCUCAUCUAUUGAGGUUGGGCGUAUUUGAUGUCCUAAUUCCCCUUACUGAGUCGGACAGUAUCGAAGUUCAAGGAAACAGUGCUGCAGCUUUGGGAAACCUUUCAUCAAAGGUUGAUGAUUACACCAUUUUCAUACAAAACUGGACGGAACCUGCCGGUGGAAUCCAUGGCUACCUCCGUCGUUUCCUCGCAAGCGGUGACCCCACUUUCCAGCAUAUCGCUAUCUGGACGCUUUUGCAGCUGCUCGAAUCCGAAGACGCGUCGCUUCUCGAGCGCAUUUCCAAAUCAAAUGAGAUCGUGCGCAUGGUUUCCGACAUUGCUGAGCGCAACAUUGAGUCGGACGAGGAAGACAACGAAGACGGCGAGGGCGAAGUUGUCGGCCUUGCACAACGGUGCCUUGAGAUCUUGGGCAAAACGCCGAAAACCCUUGUAGAGGGGUAA